AACAUCCAGUCUAAGCCCUCGAAAGAAAAAGAAUAGCGAGAGACAACAAAACAGACCCUCAUCCCAAAUAUUUACCAGCUACAUGGAUAGCUCAGGGCUAGCCAUCGUUUCCCCGUGCAACGCCGCUAGACGUGGCUGGCUGCUGGGCCGGUCAUCUGCUCGUAACGAACGACUUGCACCCAGCCGUUUUCAAAGCCAUGCCCCUGUGUAUCUAGCUACGUGUGGUCGCCUAGAAUUUCUACUCUAGUUGUAUGGGCUUCGAACAAUUACCGCGUAACACGUAAUGAGAACGCAUCAAAGCCAACCACAAACAACGCGUCUUAUUCUUUCACUUUUUUCUUUCUCAAUAUUCACUAGUGAUUGAUUACCAUUUCAUUCUAACAAAACCUCUCCCAUCAUCCCCAUUCCACCCCAAAAAACUUGCGAACCAAAACAUCCGGAAAUACCUACCCCCUUCCACCGUACGAUGCAGUUCUCAGUGCGCGCGGCCCAAACGGGCGACGUCGAGCGCCUACUAGAGGUCUUCGCCGCGGCGUUCCAAGACGACGAGAUCGUCGCGUACGUGGCGCCAUACCGAGCGCAGUAUCCCGUCGCGCACCGGGAGACGAUGCGGCGGACGGUCCACGGGCUGUUGCACGACGCGUGCUCCAUCGCCAUGGUCGCCGAGGUCGCGGCCGGCGCGGCCCCGGCCGACUUGGGCAAGGUCGUCGACUUCUGCCAGCUGCAGCUGACCAGCGGGAGACGUAUCCCAGUGUGCAGAAGACGGACCCGCGCGAGACGACACUUGAAACCGUUCGAGGUGCCCCUCCAGCACCUGAACCGGGCAUGGACGCUCAAACUCCUCGCAACCGACCCGCAGUACCAAGGCCGUGGAGCAGGCAGCCUGCUAGUGGGCGUCGCCGGGUCGGUAGCGGACUUGUCGGGCGUGCCGCUAGUGGUGUCGACAGCCGAAAACGCGCGGGGCUUCUACGCGCGGCUCGGGUUCGAGCUGGCGGAGCCUGUGGGCGAGGUUUGCAUGCUGAUCGGCGGCGACGGCGACGGCGACGGCGAUGGCGACGACAAGGUUACCGUGCGGCUCGACGGCGAGGACGAGGAGGCCACCUUUUGGACGGCGAAGCAACGACGACGACUGGCAGAGCUGUGAGAUGCUAUACGGCCUGUACACUUGCAGCCGUUGGGAUAACCUGUUUUGGCGAAUCAGAGUUUUGGGUAUAUUGCUGUAUGAAAAAUGCAGCUGUCUCUCGCCAUUUGAGGAUAGCUCUAGUUUAGGGAGCAUUACAGAUUGUCGAGCAAAAGGUCGUUGACCUAGUUCGGGGCCAUGAAGGAUUGGAGGUCGUCGACGCCAGUCAUGUCCUUACAUACAAGGGAUUGGCUGGCCGCUUUGGCAUGAUGUGAUGAUCAGACCGGUACUGUUGGAGUAUGGGCUGCCGGGAGAUGACCCACUUUGCCAAGGACUGCUGACGCUGUCAGAAACGACAACCCAGCAAAUGAAGACGGAGAAUGGGAAUCAGUCCAACUGUUGGUGGCAUUGAACGCCAGAUAUCACUAGGAAUUGUUGGCAGUUUGGACGAGUUAAGUUAGACAAACCCGGGACAAAUAAAUCUGAUAUCUCGAGUGAG